CUUGUUUUGAUUUUUGAAUGAACGAAGCUUACUGUCUAUUUGAUGGAUUUUAAGUGUUUCAAAUGCCACUGAUUUAUUUGGAAAUGCCUAUAUAAGCACAUCAGUUUUUGUAGAUGUUCAAUAUUAAACGAUUAAAAAAAACGAUAUAUCUAAGUCAAUACUGUCGUAAUUGCUCAAUAACAAAAGCAAUAAGGCCGCUUGUGUUGAGGCCAUUUUUCUUAAUAUUGACAAAAAUAUGAACAUUAUUACACUGUAGCUCCAAUAUAACGCGGAUGACUGGGUCCAAGCCACGCAACAGCGUUAUAAACGGACAACGUUAUAAGUUUUGAGCUUAUUUAUUUAAGGGGCUAUAAAAUCAGGUAAAGUAUAGCCUAUAAUAUAGGUCCUGUGUAUCGUCAUGCUGUGAUGUCAUCCGCAAAUACAUGCAUGUAAACCGAAUCGAACGAUAACAGUAUAACUACCGCUUUUCUAAUGUGCACAUUUAUCCGAUAAUCCAAUAUAAUUACAUCACUUACGAAAAAAUAAUGUUUAACAUUUAUGACAAGAAAUAUGUUUACGAACUUCGUAAACAAAUUCAUAUGCCUACGCCAUUUUUCAGAAAAAUGAGUACAGUGCAUUAUGGGACACAGCUUUCAUUGGACUAGCGAAUUUUAAUUUAGAUUGAAUGCAAUACGAUACAUGUACAAAGAAAUGUUUUAUUGCGUCAUACCCAGCAUGUAAAAAAACGUGCUUUCCGUGGACUUUCUGAUAACGGGCAAAAAUUUUAGUGCAUCUCUGUUAACUAUUACACUGCGUUAGCAUGUAAAUAAAUAGUCAGGAUUUUAACAUUUAUUAUUCGUAUACGUACUGAAACAUUAAACACACACAAAGAUAUUUUUAUUUAUCAAGCAUGUGUAGCAUAUAAUAAACGAUAACACACUUACACAGCCAUAGUUUAUACAAUGAAAUACAAUUCACGAUAAAUACAAAACAUAAACAGGUAAUCGUUUUAAAUAACUUUAAUUUGAUAAUUAUUCCGCUUGCACUUGCCUUAUUGAAAUUAGCGCAUUGAACCGCUCUAAUAGGGAAUACAUGUAAUAAACACCGACUCACGAGUUUUCACACCUUUAUUGACAUUACAAAACAGAUUAACACCAAUUAGCUGUCGAGUGUCGUUUAACCUCUAAUCGUUUAAAAUCAGUUAAACGGACGGAUAAAGCAAUCAAGCUGUGAUCGCCGGCUUCUUUGAAUUUAUGAAAAUACAUGAAGUUGCUUAACAUGGAUUUGAAUCAGAAAUGAAAGGUUGGAGAAAAAACGGGAUCCAAGGACCCCCCGCGUUAUAUUGGACACAGCGUUAUAACAGACCGCACUAUAUUGGAGUUACAGUGUAGUUUGAAAAAAAGCCCGCAAUGACCAAUUUAGCGUUACCAUUCCUGGGUAUGUUUCAGUAUAUUCUAUGUACAAGGGGUACAUUGUAGUAUACUUAAGUGAACCUAGGGAACAUUUAAGUAGUACCCUAGCCAGUGCCCCAGAUAAGCUGUGUAUCUGCAUCUUUCACCCUAUUUAAAUGUGUACAAACGCAAAGAAAUACAAUAUCAUGCAUAUUGAAAACGCAACCAAUUUGACUUUUCCGCAAUUUCGUCAAAUUUAAUGCGUACAAUACAAUAGCUGUGAUCAAAAAUGCUUUGCUUAUUUUGGGUAGUUUCUCUUUGGAAUUAUUAUCAUAAUGCGCCAACAUAUCAUUCAGCAAGCGCGUGGAUGAUGGAGUAGGAAAACAGUCAAAGUUAUUCAAACGCUCUGCAGACUAGAUUUAAUAGUUAAAUAAAGCGUCUGACCAAACAAAUUUAAAUUAUGGACAGUUUCAAGGAUUAAAGAUGUUAUGAAACAUCAGUUUAUUAAAGUUAAUAAUGAUAGUUUAUAGUUCUAUUGAAUCAAUACCAGUAUGCAGCUUCAACUGAAGCAAAGCAGAAAUUAUUUUAAGUAUGCUGCCAUGGAGAGACUAUUAAAAAAAUGUCUUAUCAAACAUAAGCCAACUCGUGCAAGCAUAUUAAAGGAGUCCUUCAAUUUGGCUAAAAAGAAGCAAUUAGAAGACAAAGAAAAAGGUUUUAUUCAAACGCACACACAUUUAUCUGAAGCGUCUCCACAGCCUAGGUCGAAAGAUGACCCGGGUAAUAAAACGGCGAAACAGUCAAAAGUUUCUACACCAACAGUUACUAAUAAUGUUGGGGCAGCUUUUCAAAUUGGUGAUGUUGUAAAGACAAGUGGGCAGCCUAAAACACGGAAGGCAACAGGUCAAAGGGCGAUAACGCCCAAAUCUACAAGAACGAGGGACAAUCUGGACUUCUACAGCAAUUCACUGCGAGCUCAACCAUCGGGAAAAACAAUAAAAGAGAUUCUCCAGUGGCGAGGUGAUUACAGAAAAUUGGAAAGUAACCAUGGCUACAUUCAAUGGUUGUUUCCUAUCCUAGAAGGAGGAGGUGUGAACAGGUUUGCACAACCUCUGCAAGAACACGAGGCGCUGGCCAUAAAAUCUAAUGAAGCCAUGCGAAUGCGUGUUCAACAAGCUUACCAAAUGAUGCUUGACUUCUAUGGCAUGGAACUCGCGCGAGAUGACGGCUCUAUACGACGCUGUAAAGCGAACUGGAAAGAUAGAUAUGCCCAUUUAAACAGAUCGAGACAUAACUAUUUGAGGAUCACGCGAAUAAUAAAAUCCCUCGGCCUCCUGGGAUAUGAACAUUUUCAGCUGCCUUGGGUAAAGUUCCUUAUUGAAGAGGCCUUCAGUGAUUACGGCGAACUUCCGGGUGUCAGGUCAAGUGUGUUAUAUUGGGUGUACGCCAUAAAUGAUGAGACUGAACAAGCGACAAUAUGCACUCAACUAGCCAGGUAUGGGAUUUAUGGACCUGAAGAGGGGCUGAACUCUGAACCUGUACCAGAUUAUGAUUCAGAGGAUGACAGUGAAGGUGAAGAUGAGAGCCAGGCGGAGUAUGGGGCCACCGGAAUAGGUCACAUGGAGGCACAAGUUGAAACAUCUGAAAGUUCAAAUGUGAAGGCGUCGCAAAAAUCGCAAACUUUAACUGGUGACAUAGAUAACGUUAAAGUGACAACAGUAUAAAAUUGUUUUUAAGUAUGCACUUAACACAAAUAUGCACAUGUUUCGACAAACACUGUUAAUUACAUGCUAUAACACUCUUGAGCUACUCAGUGUUUGUGUCAACACAUUAAAUACUGAUAUGAAUUGUUUAACUAUUGGCAUAUUAAAAUGUUCGUCGUCAUGAUAUAUAAUUGAAAUAAAUUCCGAUGUACUAGUUUGGAAGUUGCUAAGCAAUCAUCUAUUAUUAUAUUGCCUUUGAGAAGGCGCGCAUGUAUUUCUAACUAUUGAUGUCUGCAGGUUUCAUUUUGCUUCUGCCAGCCACUAUUCAUGAUUUUUAUCCGCUCUUGAUCUCAUGAAAGCGAAUACAUUAACUCGAAAAAACAUUAAUACUUAUGCAUGUACAAAUUAAAUGUAAUUAAAUGUAAUAUCAUCAGUUUUAAAAUGGAGUUACGUUUCAAAGUGGAACUUGGCAACUUUGCCAUAAGGUAAAUUAAUGGUAAUGAUGUCUACUGUUUUACUUCCUCUACUAUUUGGAAUCCGAAAAAUAUAAUUAUUCGGCAAUGUUUAAAAACUUUAACUCAGACCUUAUUUUAUACUGAUUGCUAGUAAGUUGGCGCAUGUAAUCUAUGAAAAGAUGUUUUUUUCAUUUGUAAGUGCAAGUUGCUGUAUCAGGUGUGUGUAUUAAUCUCCUUAAUGAUGUCUGUAAACAAAUUGUAAAAAAUGCUUUAAUAGAUUGUAUGUUUUGAAAUUAUAUGCAAUUCAUGACGUUACUUUGAUUGGAAAGCAUACAUGCUUAAUUACAAUAAUCUGUGAUAUUUUGCACACAAUUGUUAUGCACAGUAUUUUAACUGGUUAUGAAUUUUACUAUGUUUAUUAUGCCCCCGGUAGGGUGGCAUAUAGCAGUUGAACUGUCAGUCCGUCUGUCUGUCUGUGUGUCCGUCCGAAAAAUUUAACAUAACCAAACAAAGCCUUAACUUUUGCAAAAUUGAAGAUAGCAAGUUGAUAUUUGGCAUGUAGCAAGUUGAUAUUUGGCAUGUAUGUGUAUCUCAUGAAGCUGCACAUUUUCAGUGGUGAAAAGUCAAGGUCAUCCUUCAAGGUCAAAGGUUAAAAAAACAAUAAUUCAAGGGAAAUAACAAGCUUUAAAGGGUGAUAAUUUCUAUUUUAUAUCAUUUGGCAGGUACAGAUCAUUUUCACAAGGGAAGUAAUAUUUAUUAUAAGGAUAUAAUAAAAAACAAAUUUUAAGGUCAAGGUCAUUUUUCAAGGUCAAAAGUCAAAAAAUACAAUCCAAGGGAAGUAAUAAGAUUUAAAAGGGAGCUAAUUUCUAAACCUGCCAAAUGAUAUAUUGAAAUUUUAUUUCAAAGCGGCACUAUAGGAGGCAUUGUGUUCCUUACAAACACAUCUCUUGUUUUUGUUUCAAAUUUACAUAUGAUUGAUAUUACAGCAUAGUGUACACUUCGUAUAAAUGGCAUUGAAAUAAAAUUAUAUAUGUCAAUUGUGAUAACGGAAAUGUUUGAACUUACAUGUUCGAACUUGAGGGACUUGUUCAUCGAUUUGCACAUUGUAAAGUUUCCUACAUUUUGUCACGAAUUCAAAAAUUAAAGAAAUGUGUAAACAAAGCAAAAUUACUGUACUUACAUAUACAUAUCAUAUAAUGCAAAAACAAGAUAACGUUAAUAAUUACCGGUAAUAAUUGUUUGAAAUUGGGAAAAAAAAAUAACGAUUUAACGGGUUUUAAAUAGAACCGAAUGGAAAAACCAUAACUAUAGUCUGCAUCAGUAAUCCAUGUAAACAAACAGGUCAUUCAGGCCAAAGGAAAAAAAUGCUUAUUUCUCAGGUCAACAUCAUCAUUCCCCCACUCAAUUCAAAUGUAUGUCUCAUAUCUUUUUUCAUCUCCACUUCUCUUUCUCUUUUCUAUUUUCUAUGUAAACUUUAACACCAUGUCACAAUUGUUAAUAACUCUUUGUAAAAGAUGCAUUGUCACUGUAUACUCAUGUGUCACUAUAUUUGUGAUUUGAGCUUAAUAAAGGUUAUGUUUU